GUGUCAAUAUUUCUGUCCUUCUGACCUUCCUUUUCUCGUUCAUUCAUUUCAGCGAUCUUUUUUCUUUCCAAUAAUCCCUUGAAAACAGGCGGUUUUUCUGUAUUGACACAAUGCUCGGCAAGGAGAUUACAAGCUACGAUUUGCAACUUUCUAGACCAUGCAUAUACCUCCCAAUCCGCCAGCAGAAUGAGUCGUGGGAAUGCCUUAGCGGGCGGUUCUGCCUCACCCUCGCCCGGGGUGCCCCAUUCAAAGGCAUCAAAGUACAGCUAAUCGGGAAAAUGAAGACACCUCGAUAUGGUAUCUUCGUCGCUCAGGAGUGCGAGGAAGUCACCUUCGAGCGCAGCCGGUCCCUGGCAUUCUCGAAGACGCGUAACGCGUUCACAAUGCCCGCUGGCUACUAUGAGUUCCCAUUCGAGAUUCCCUUAUCGGGUCUACGCUUUGAUACCCUCGUCGGUCCGAAACAUGAAUACUAUACCUAUCGCGUUGAGGUUACGGUUCAGCGCUGGAUGUGGCGGGAUCUUGUUGUGUCCCAGCCUGUGGGGAUAUUUAGAUACCCUAAACUUGAUGUUGCUCGGAGUAUGACCAAGGCCGUCGCUGGACAUUCAAACCAAGACCUCGCAUACCACUUCUCGAUCCCCGACACGCUCAUCCCCCACGGUGGUACAUUCCCAGUGGAUUGUUGGUUCGUACCACUUUCAAAGAGCCUAACGGUAACCGGCAUAACUGUGCGCGUUAUCGAGAACCACGAGCUCUCGUUGCCUGCGACCGCCGCCGAGUCCGUGCAUUAUAGUACGCACUUUAUAACGUCUAACGAGAGCCACGUCAUCUUCGAAGAGAAGCAUGAUUUCGCUUUCGACGGCGGGGCACUGCCAGAGAAAGAUGCAGAUGUGCAGCAGAUAAGCAUGCCUGUGCGAUUGCCGAGUGAUGCAGGUGCUUGUUCGCAGAGUUACUCCUCCCGGAAAAUCAAGAUCAAGCAUGUUCUUCUCGUGACGGUUGAGUGUAUAGAUGGAGCUGGGGAAUGCGUAAAGAUGUUGGCUGAAGCCAUACCCCUCCAUAUCUAUAUGAGGCCCACAGGGAAGGACAAAGAGAGUCGAGGCCCUACAUCAAACGAGGAAAGCAGCAACUGCCCGCCGGUUUACGGGGAGCAUCAGCUGGACCUGAUGGUUCUGGAUCCGACGGAGGUGGAAGCGGACGACCAGGUGCCCUGUAUCACCAUGUGUCCGGGGUAUGAGGGUGCGGAGUCUGGGGAAGCCGUUUUAUGACACGAUAUACAACGAAUUGAAUUUAGUUUUGAUAGUUAAUGUUAAUAUUGAUGUUUUGGAUUUACUCCGCACAG